AUGGAUUCGAGCUUGAGUAUUGUAGAAGCUAAAGAAGCAGCCGGAACCAUGGCAUCCCGUUUCUGGGGACAGGGGGACAGUGAGUCUGAGGAGGAGGAGGAAGAAGUCGAGUCAGAACAGGGCAGUGAUAGUGAUGAUGAUGGAGGCCGUGGUGAUGCGGGACGCAGCAGUGGUGGAAACCGCUAUUUGAAGAACCAAGAAGAUGACAGCGAUGAGUCUGAUACGGGUCACCGCGUAAUCCGCUCCCUGAGGGACAAGCGCAAUGAGGAGAUGAGAUCUAUUGUUGAUCAGAUGCGUAAUGCAAUGAAGAUCAAUGACUGGGUUAGCUUGCAGGAGAGUUUUGAGAAGCUUAACAAACAUCUUGAGAAGGUUGUUCGUGUCAAUGAAUCCACUGAGGUUCCAAAGAUGUAUAUCAAGGCUCUUGUGUUGCUGGAGGACUUCCUUGCUGAAGCCCUUGCAAACAAGGAGGCCAAGAAGAAGAUGAGCAGCAGCAAUGCGAAGGCACUCAAUGCGAUGAAGCAAAAGCUCAAGAAGAACAACAAGCAGUAUGAAGAGCAGAUCCAGAAGUGCAGGGAUCAUCCAGAGAGUUUUGAAGAUGAAGCUGCGGAUGAUAAAGAUAUGGAUGAUGAUGAUGACGAUGAUGCUGAUGAGAGUGAUGCAGAGAUUGAAGAUCCUGAUAAAAUAGCUAUGUCAGAAUCAGAAGAGGAACGCGAUGAAGAUGAUGAUGACAAGGAAGGUUGGGAACAGAAGAGGAGUAAGAAGGAUAAGCUGAUGGAUAAGCAGUUCUUGAAAGAUCCAAGUGAAAUCACAUGGGAUAUUGUUGAUAAGAAACUCAAGGAGAUUGUAGCAUCAAGGGGAAAGAAAGGUACUGGAAGGAUCGAGCGUGUUGAGCAGUUAACAUUUUUGACCCGUGUGGCCAAAACACCAGCUCAGAAGCUUGAAAUCCUUUUCCAUGUGAUUUCUGCGCAGUUUGAUGUCAACCCCAGUCUACUUGGGCAUAUGCCAGUCAAUGUGUGGAAAAAGUGUGUCAAUAAUAUGCUUCUUGUGCUUGAUAUACUCCAGCAGUAUCCUAACAUUGUAGUAGACACCUCAUUUGAGCCUGAUGAGAAGGAAACUCAAAAGGGUGCAGACUAUAAUGGAACAAUUCAUGUUGUCGGUGAACUGGUUGCAUUCCUCGAGAGACUGGACUCUGAAUUUUUGAAGACCUUGCAGUGCACAGAUCCAUACACAAAAGAUUAUGUUCAGAGGCUUAGAGAGGAACCCCUGUUUUUGGUUGUUGCACAGAAUGUCCAAGAUUAUCUUGAGAGGGUUGGGAACCUCAAAGCUGCUGCCAAGGUUGCUCUGCGCCGUGUUGAACUGGUUUACUACAAACCCCAAGAAGUGUAUGAUGCAAUGAGAAAACUCGCAGAGCAGCCUGAGGACAGUCUGGAUGAUGAUGAUGCAGAGGCUGGUGAUGAACAUCAAGCAAUAGAUGACAAUAGAGGACCAUCACCAUUUAUUGUGAUUCCAGAGGUUGUGCCGAGGAAGCCUACUUUUCCAGAGAGUGGUAGAACUUUGAUGGAUGGAUUGAUGUCCUUAAUUUACAAGUAUGGAGAUGAAAGGACCAAAGCCCGUGCAAUGCUGUGUGACAUAUAUCACCAUGCGAUCUCUGAUGAGUUUUCAGUGGCUCGUGACUUGCUUUUAAUGAGUCAUUUGCAAGAUGGUGUUCAGCUCAUGGACAUAUCAUCACAGAUUUUAUUCAAUAGAGUCAUGGCCCAGUUGGGGCUGUGUGCUUUCAGGGCUGGUUUGAUAAAUGAAGCCCAUGGAUGCUUGACCGAGCUCUACUCUACUGGGAGGGUGAAAGAAUUGCUUGCACAAGGUGUGCAACAAAGCCGAUACCAUGAAAAAACUCCUGAACAGGAAAGACUUGAGAGGAGAAGGCAAAUGCCUUACCAUAUGCAUAUAAACCUGGAACUUUUGGAAGCCACACACUUGAUUUGUGCUAUGCUGAUUGAAGUCCCCAAUAUGGCUGCCAGCACUUAUGACAAGCGGAGGCCUAUGAGCAGAACAUUCCGAAGGCUUCUUGAAGUGAGUGAAAGGCAGACGUUUGUUGGGCCGCCAGAGAACGUGAGGGACCAUGUAAUGGCUGCCACAAGAGCCCUCAACAAGGGUGAUCACCAAAAGGCUUUCAGUGUCAUAAAUUCGCUGGAGAUCUGGAAGCUUUUGAGGAACAGAGAUCAUGUUCUUGAGAUGCUGAAGCUUAAGAUCAAGGAGGAAGCUCUUAGAACCUAUCUCUUCUCAUACUCGUCUUGCUACGAGUCCUUGAGCCUUAACCAGCUCACCACCAUGUUUGAUCUCAGCGAGCAGCAUGCUCACAGCAUUGUUAGCAAGAUGAUGAUGCAUGAAGAGCUUCAUGCUAGUUGGGACCAGCCAACAAAGUGCAUUGUAUUCCACAGUGUGGAUCAAACUAGGCUUCAGGGGCUACUCUUCCAGAUGGCAGAUAAGCUCUCGGUCCUGGUGGAGAGCAAUGAGAGGGCAUACGAGGCAAGAACUGGUGGUACUCUUGAGGGGGUACCGCCACCCAGACGCAGGGGUGAGGGUCAGGACUCAUCCAAUAUGGGAAAGUGGCAGGAGAACUUCGUCUCAUCACAAGGGCGGCAGGGUGGUGGCAACCGGUUUGGAUACUCUGGUAGAGGUGGAGGAUCUGGUCAAAGUGGUGGGCACCAAAGGGACAGGGGCAAUCAGGGCUCCCGUGGGGGCUACGGUGGCGGUUCACGGUUUCAGGAUGGAAGGGGUCGCAACCAGUCUGGUUCCUCAGCCAGGGGUGGUGAUGGUGGUGCUCGCAUGGUGAACCUAAACAGGGUUGGUAGAGUUUAG